AUGCGGAAACAAUUCAAUCAAUUCAAGGACUUUGUUCACCAGAAAGCAUCGAAAAACGACCGCCAGGAGAUUCUCUCGCAGAAUGUGAUCAACUCGGAGAAGCACGUGGAGAACAUCAAGACCGCCCUGACCAAUGCGGAGAAGAAGAUCUCCGGUUCGCUGCUGGGCGGCACCUCGGACUCCUCCUCAGCGGCCACGCCAGAGAAGAAGAUUAAAAAGUUGCCCGGGGCGUCGCUGAGCAACUGCUUCAACGAGUCCAGCGAGCUGCUCGCCACCUCCAAGACCGACAGUGUUCUUGGCAAAACUCUGCACCUAUGUUCUCAGCUGCAGAAGGAGGCGACGGCGGUGCUGGCGGCACACGAGUCCGAGGUGGAGUCGCAGUGCAUCAGCAAGAUCCAGGGCCUCGUCAACGAGGACCUGCCGAACAUCAGUCGGACGCGGAAGCAGCUCAACCGGACGCACUCUGACCUGAGCGCGCUGAAGGUGAAGUACGAGUCGCUGCAGAAGUCGCUGAUGAACAGCUCGCAGGUGGCACAGUUUCAGACGGACACCAAACUGGAGACGGUGCGCAAGGACCUGGAGGACCACGAGUACAAGCUCUAUCAGUGUCGGGACGCCUACGAGACUGAGGUGUUGGACUUUCUGAGCAAGGAGAUGAGCAUCGCUCAGGUGUUUAUUGACUACGUCAAGCUGCAGGCGUCCUACCACGAGCAGGCGCUUGCCGCUAUCAACCACUGCAUUCCCGUCCUCGAGGGCAUUAUAACCAAUUCAUCACAAAAGCCCGUCUUUGGCAUCGCCCUCGAGGAGCACCUACGGUCAUCGGGGCGGACGAUAUCGCUGGUGAUUGAGACCUGCGUGGCCAUUCUGCUGACGUCGGCACUGGGCGAGGAGGGCAUCUUCCGCAUCUCGGGCAGCGUCUCCAAGGUGAAGCUCAUUCGAAAUGCCUUCAACGCCGGCCAGCACCAGCACCUCGCCUCGCUUGAUCUCAGCCGGGACGUGCACGCCGUGGCCAGCACCCUCAAGAGCUACCUGCGCGAGCUGCCCGAGCCGCUGCUCACCUUUGCACUCUGUCAGGAGUGGGUCAAUGCCGCGUCGCAACGAGAGGAGCAGGAGAAGCUGCGCUCCAUCUGGACAGUGGUUAACAGUCUGCCGGAGGCGAACAAGAACAACUUGCGCUACCUGAUGAAGUUUCUCCACAAGCUGACGGAUAGGUGUGCAGAGAACAAGAUGUCCAGCCAAAACCUGGCCAUCGCCAUCGGUCCGAGCUUACUGUGGUCGAACGGGGAGUCCAUGGACCAGUUGAGCAUGUCCAACAUUUCGCCGAUCCUCAUCGAGGCGCUGAUUACGUACUGUGAUUACUUCUUUCCUGAAGAUGUAGUGUUUGAUAUCUCACCAAAGCAGUCAAUGACUGAGCAGUCAUCGAGCGGUAGCGGUGGCAACAACAGCGGUGGCGACAAUUCCGAUCCGGAGAUUAACUUCAGCAGCAACAAACAGGGCUCAUCUGCUGCAGCGAUGGCGGCGGCGGCCAACUUUCGCGUGAAGAAGCCGGCGCCGAAACCGCCGCCAACUUCGGCAGGAGGCAACAACGAGGGCAUUCUCGACUCGAUCAGCUCCAGCUUUGACUCGACCAGCGCCAAGAUUCGCUCCAAGAUUGGCUCGCUGCGAAUGAAAGACAAGCAGAAUCAGCCGUCGCACCACCAGCCAAUCAACAAUGGCACUUACUUUAUCACCGAACAGCAGUCGCAAGUGCCGACGGUGCCCACUCGAGGCGACUCUCCGCCGGCUGCUUCCGCCGCCUCUUCAUCCUCUUCAAACACUCCACAAGUCAACUCCUCCAGCCCCAACCACUCCAGCACCAGCACCACCACCACCUCCAUUGCCACUGUCCGACGAAAUCAGCACUCACCUCGAGGCGCCGUGGACAACACCUCGCGUUCCCGUCGUCCGAUAUCACUCUGCGAUCGGCCAAUGGUGCCGCCGCCCUCUGUCCCGCCGCGACCUUCAGUGGCCGAGCGAUCGCGCAUAGGCGAUCGACACAGCGUCUUUGACCUGACCACCGAACUGGCAGCAGACGGAGGGGCCACCAGCAGUGCUCACCAAAAGGCGAUUGACGAGAACGGAGAGGUAGAAGACAUCGACAGCAAUGAUGAGGAGGAGGAGGAGAAUAGUCAGUGUACCGUGGCGCCGCUUUACCCUCGACUGAGUCCGACCGAGUCACUGGACAGUGGAGAGCACAACUCCGGAGGCGCCGGUGGCGGCGGCGUCAGUUCCUUUACCUACCCUUUCAGCGAGUUCAUUGACGAGAGCCAGAUCUUUGGCAGUGAUGACAGCCUUAACCAGCUCGGGGGACACGAGCUGCCUUCGGCCAUGGUCAACCACCUCCACAACAACAACAACAGCUCGGCAAAUCCGCCGCAAAAGCCGCCCCGGUCUUCACUGGCCACGCACAGCAGCUCCACUGCGCUGGAGUUGAUGGCCGCUGAAGAGGGCGAUGAGUUGUGUCUCUUCUGCUUGAAGGACUAG